AUUACUUGCGUAGAAGAAGAGAGGCGACAAGUCAUGGCGCCUGACAGUUUGUAAUGAGCCAACGACAACAGACAACCUCCCAAGUUGGAUUAAUAUCAGUUAAAGCAGUUCCCGUGAUAAAUCAUAGUCCUCAAAAUGCAGAUAACUUUGAAAACCUUACAACAACAGACGUUCAAAAUCGACAUCGACGAAGAGGAGACGGUGAAGGUCUUAAAAGAGAAGAUUGAACAGGAGAAGGGGAAGGAUAAUUUUUCAGUUGCUGGACAAAAAUUGAUAUAUGCUGGUAAAAUCCUCAACGAUGACACAGCUCUCAAAGAAUACAAAAUUGAUGAGAAAAACUUUGUGGUCGUCAUGGUGACAAAGCCAAAAACAGCCUCAGCUGCCCCUCAGGCUUCACCUGCCACUUCAACUCCCAGCACUACAGUCUCCACAGCACCUCCCACCUCAGCAUCUGGCUCAGACAGCUCAACAGAACCUGCCACCACAGACGACAAACCAGAGGAAAGCCCGUCAUCAGCUGCUGAACCAGCUCCUACUACGACUGGAAACACUGAGGCAUCGUCAUCAAACACAAACCUUAUUGAUGAGGCAGUUUCAAGUCUAGUGACAGGACCAUCAUAUGAUGCCAUGGUAAAUGAAAUGAUGCUCAUGGGCUACGAGAGAGAGCAGGUGGUAGCUGCUUUGAGAGCAAGCUUUAACAACCCAGACAGAGCUAUGGAGUACCUUCUCUCGGGGCUUCCAGGCAGGGACCUGAGUCGUUCAACACGACCUGAUACUGCUGUGCCUCCGGUGAGUGCAGCUCCAGCUGCAUCCACAGGCGGCAGUAGUGUCCCAGCUAAUCCAAGUUCAUCACCAAGUGCCGGGGGAGUCAAUCCUUUGAGUUUCUUGAGAAAUCAGCCCCAGUUCCACGUGAUGCGACAGCUCAUUCAGCAGAAUGCUGCACUGCUUCCUGCUCUUCUGCAGGAAAUUGGCAGGGAAAACCCAGAGCUGCUACAGGAGAUUAGCAGCCACCAGGAGCAGUUCAUCCAGAUGCUGAAUGAACCCAACCCAGAAGCAGUUUCGGCAGCUGGGACUGGAGGCGCAGGCGGUUCUGAAGGUGUAGGAGGUGACGCACCAGGCGGAGGUCACAUGAGCUACAUUCAGGUCACCCCACAGGAGAAAGAGGCCAUUGAGAGGCUAAAAGCCUUAGGGUUUCCAGAGGGACUUGUUAUACAAGCCUACUUCGCUUGUGAGAAGAAUGAGAACUUGGCAGCCAACUUUCUUUUACAGCAAAACUUUGAUGAUGAUUGAACGGGAUGUGUUUGUUUGACAUGUUUUCUUAUUUCUUCCCCUACUGUUGAAUGCUGAUUUUGAAUAUACAUGUACAAAAAGGCUUUUACAUUUCCACAGAAAGCCUUACUCACUACUUUCGUCAUCUCUUAACACUGGAUCAUUAUCACAAAGACAGGCUGUUGUUUAUCAGUUUGACAUGGACGAACAAUUUCAGUAGAGUAAAUGCAUCAAAAAUCAAAUGUUCAUUGUUCAUUCUUUUUCAUUUUCUUAUUUUCAAAUUCUUCAAUAUAAUUUUUUUAUCUAUAUGAUUUGCCAUCGCAGUAUAUUUUCCACUGUACAUUGGUUCAUAUUAAAUUUCACCUUUUAUAAGUUGACAAGUUAUGAAGAUUUAAAAAAUUAAAGUGAAAUGAUAAACAUGA